GGGGCGCCUGGAAACAGGUCUGAACAGCGCAGAAGGACUGACACAAACCGUCGGACUGCGAGUGUGGCAGUGUGUUUAUGUCUGUUGGCUUUCUUAAAUUCAGAUUUUUGCAAAAGGCGAUUUCGACUUGAGAAACUCGUGGCUAUAUAUUUAUGAGCGCACUGGGAACCAGCAAAUGUGUAGUUGUGGACUCUGAAAGUUUAUUCAGGAAUUUAUUUGCAGGAAAAGGAGCGCUAACAAAGGGAAGUGAAGAAGUGUGUUAGCUAGCUAACAAGCUAGCCAGUUUGGGAAGAAACUGCCAAGAAAACUAUGGCUGGCCGAAAUGCUUUCACAAUGGAUUACACCAAAGCGAGUCGGAUACUACUGCCGACGUUUUUUCUGGUAUUUCUUGGACUUUGGGGGGUAAGUGGACAGUAUGGCGACCGAGGAAUGUCAAUUCCAGAACACGGGUUUUGUCAGCCGAUAUCUAUCCCACUUUGUACGGACAUUGCUUAUAACGAAACCAUCAUGCCAAAUUUAUUAGGGCACACAAACCAGGAAGACGCUGGGCUUGAAGUGCACCAGUUUUAUCCGCUUGUAAAAGUUCAGUGUUCUCCCGACCUCAAGUUUUUCUUGUGCUCCAUGUAUGCGCCUGUUUGUACGGUCUUAGAGCAGGCUCUCCCCCCUUGCCGUUCCCUUUGUGAAAGAGCGAGGCAGGGCUGCGAGGCGCUGAUGAACAAAUUUGGCUUCCAGUGGCCGGAUAGCCUUGCGUGCGAGUCUUUCCCUGUUCACGGCGCGGGCGAGUUGUGCGUGGGACAGAAUAAGUCCGAUAAAAGCACCCCCAUUGACCCAACGCCAGAUGUGGCGGGGCCCACUCACGGGCACGUGAAGGGACAUUUCAGGUGUCCGACUGCAUUGAAAGUUCCUCCUUAUAUGAAUUAUCGUUUCCUCGGGGAGGACGAUUGCGGGGCUCCGUGCGAGCCAACGAAAUCUCCAGGAAUGAUGUAUUUUAGCCCAGAGGAGCUGAAGUUCGCACGGAUAUGGAUCGGAAUCUGGUCUGUUUUGUGUUGUGCCUCCACCUUAUUUACAGUUCUGACCUACUUGGUGGACAUGAAAAGGUUCAGUUACCCCGAGCGGCCCAUCAUCUUCCUAUCUGGUUGCUACACAAUGGUUUCUAUUGCUUACAUUGCUGGAUUUCUGCUGGAGGACAAAGUGGUGUGCAACGAGAAGUUUGACAGCGAUGUCAGAACUGUCGUCCAGGGCACCAAGAAGGAAGGGUGCACCAUUUUGUUCAUGAUGCUGUACUUUUUCAGCAUGGCCAGCUCCAUUUGGUGGGUUAUCUUGGCUCUGACCUGGUUCUUGGCAGCAGGAAUGAAAUGGGGACAUGAAGCCAUAGAAGCCAACUCCCAGUACUUCCACCUGGCGGCGUGGGCUGUGCCAGCCAUCAAGACCAUCACCAUCUUGGCUGUGGGGCAGGUGGACGGCGACGUCCUGAGCGGGGUGUGUUUCGUGGGGAUCAACAGCGUCGACGCCCUGCGUGGCUUCGUCCUGGCGCCCCUCUUCGUCUACCUGUUCAUCGGCACCUCCUUCCUCUUGGCGGGUUUCGUGUCCCUCUUCCGCAUUCGAACCAUCAUGAAGCACGACGGCACCAAGACGGAGAAGCUGGAGAAGCUCAUGGUGCGGAUCGGCAUAUUCAGCGUUCUGUACACGGUGCCGGCCACGAUCGUCAUCGCCUGUUAUUUCUACGAGCAAGCCUUCAGGGAGCAGUGGGAGAGGAGCUGGGUCAGCCAGACGUGCAAGACCUACGCGGUCCCGUGUCCGGAGCAUAAUCCUCCCCAGAUGAGCCCUGAUUUCACAGUCUUCAUGAUUAAAUACCUCAUGACUCUCAUCGUGGGCAUCACCUCUGGCUUUUGGAUAUGGUCUGGCAAAACGCUCAAUUCCUGGAGGAAGUUUUACACGAGACUGGCUAACAGUAAACACGGGGAAACUACAGUGUGACCUUUGGCACGUUGGUGACCCCAGAGACACACACACUCAUCUUUUUGUGAACUGAAGACUAGCUUUGUUUUUGUUUUGUUUUUUGGCAAUCUGAGAGACACCGUUUGCUAUUGUAAAUAAGCGUUUUUGUGAGAUUUUUGUAAGUAUAUAUUUGUAUUUAAAGAAGACAAAUUCUCUCCUUUAAAAAAAAAUCAUUUUUACAUAUUUUGGACAAAAAAAGAAAGGUACUGAACAAUUUGUACUCCAGCUGAGCAUUGGCAGUAUCUUUUGUGUGUGGAUGAUCUUGGCUUGGGUACACUGCCAGGAGGGCUGUUCAUGCCAUUGUAUCCUGUGAUCAUUUAAUGUGACCUUAACUUUGACUUGGGGGGACGUAUUUUUAGUCUGCAUGUAAAAAUAGUGCUUUCUUUUGGGUCCUAACGCCUUCUAAUAGAGAGCAGUUAAUCUGUGCUCUUAUAGUAAUUUGAAAUGGAAAGAGGGAUUUGAACCUGUGAUAUUUGCAGUUAUUCUUUUAAAGUAUGCCUGUUCUAAGGGAUGUAUACAUUCAAGCUGUAUUUCCACUACAAAUUUGGAUUUUCACCACACAUCAAUGGCUAGUGAUAGUAUGAUUAAGAAAACUGAGGUCUAAACUAACGCCAAAGCAAAGGCUUUAGUACACCAUGGGCUGAACUUAGUAUGCAAUGGGCACAAAUAAUUUGGGGCUAAACAUGUGCACGCAUAUGCAUCACUUGAAUGAGAAUUUGAAUCCAAGUAAAAAUUCAGAACCAACAACUGGUUAAAUAAUUCACUCCGUUAUCUUUUUAUUUCCUUUAGUGGAAUUUCAAACCGAGUCUGCGAGAACAAUGUGGAGUGCCUUUACAUGUCUCUUUCGGGGAAAUGGCCUGACAUUACUUAAAAUGGACCUGUCUCUGAGGUGAUCACUGGUUCAGCUGCACUUGUGUAUGAGGGGCUCUCGUGACAGCUGAAAUGUUAAACCGCAGACAGAUGCAAUAGAAUGUAAAGAUGAGUGCACAAUGGAAACUGUUGAAACUUAUGAAAAAAGUUUAAAAACCAAGUUAUAAUUUUUGUCCCUGUAUCUAAAUUGGAAGCACUACUAGAAUGGACAUGUCCACUAAACUUUCUUGUAAAAUAGGAUUAUUUUCCACAAGAAAGCAAAACACCGUGCCAUACCAUGUGGUUGUGUCUUGUGGAAUAUAUAAAAUGGAGAGUAAUGCAAUAGGUUGAAAACCAACAGGAAUUGAGAAAAAAAAAUCUUAAUGCUCAAUGAAAGCCUUUUUUUCGAAUCCAAAAUUAUGGAAGUCAUAUUAAAGAAAGGCAGUUUAGCCCUGCAAAAUCAGCAUGUGGAACGUCUUCUGAAGAGAACUUUACACCAAAUAGUCCUUUUGAGUUGAUGUUAUUUUGAGGUGUGCUUUUUCAUGGGCUGACUUCCCAAGCAGUGUCUGUGGUCCAGACAGUAUUGUUCCUACAAUCUUUUGAACGGUAAUGCAGGGGAUAGUUGUACUAUCGUAAUAGGAUGAUCCCGGGCCAAGAUUCACUCCAACUGCUGUGGUAUUCUGCACUUUGAGUAACAUUGGAAUGUUCAUGUUAUUCAUUGUUCAAGAAUCUGUUUUGUACAAUUCAGCAAUCACUGAACUUGUUUAUAAUUUGUUUUAGGGUAGGUGGAGAACGUAACACUUGGCCUAAUCAUUGAUCAAAGCUCCAUGACAGUUGGAUUGAGUCUGCGCCUUGCUUGUCUUGGUUCACAACUGGAAGGUUUUAGGACCCGAGGGAUGGUCUUUGUUCUUGGGGCCAUGUCCCGCUGUGCACAAACACAAAGAACGGGCCCAGAGUAGCUAGAUUUCAAAUUGCACAUGUUUAGGCUUCAGAAAUGACUGACUGAUUUUCUUUAAAUCAUUCUCUUGAUUUAUGAUUCCACACAGGAAAUGCUCCCCUGGAAGGUAUUUUGAGGGUUUGACAUUGUUUCACUGACAUUAUUGUCCUUAAAUGCUCUCUGCAUGGAUCUAAGAACAAUAUUUAAUCUUUUUAAAAUGUUAAAGCCUACAUUAAAUCCUACUUUUUCCACAACAAUUUUAUGUUUUGAUUUUUAUGCAUUUUGUUUUACUAUCAAAGAAUCUUCUAUAUUUAUAGAAAAUAGGUUUAUAUGUUCCAUACUCAAUUUCUCUAGAAAUAAAAGCCCAAAUUUUGUACAAAA